AUGGCUUCGGUGCUGAGUUUCUUCAGCGGACCAGAAGAACUGGAAGACGUCAAUCACGCCCGGGGUUUGUUAAAGGAAUUGAAAUUGCUGUACGACUCCCGGCUCCUCGUUGACGUUACGAUAGAAGUGCAGUGCGAUGAAUCUCUGAGCCAGGGCCCCGAGUCCGUCAGAGGAGACGCGGAGAAACUUUUCCUCUGCAACCGCAACGUCCUGGCCGCAGCCAGCCCUUAUUUCAAAAGCAUGUUCACCGGGGGUCUGAACGAAAGCAUGCAGGACAAAGUCGUCAUCCGUGGUGUCGACCCCGAGUCCAUGUCUGUCAUCAUAGACUAUUGCUACACAGGUAAAGUUACAAUCACGGAGACCAACGUGCAGAGGGUCUAUGCAGCUGCCAACAUGCUUCAGCUGGAGUACAUCAGGCAAGCCUGCUCCAGCUACAUGACCAGGAGGCUGGACCUCUGCAAUUGCGUGGGGGUAAUGAAAUUUGCAGACACCUAUGACAACCCUGAGUUGAAGGGGCAGGCUCAGGCUUUCAUCGCGAGGAACUUUGGUCAGCUUUGUCACGGCAGGGAGCUUUGUGAGCUAGACUUGACGCAGCUGAAGGAGGUGUUGUCGCUGGACACGCUGGAUGUAGACUGCGAGAGAAAGGUAUUCUCAGCUGCUCUCCAGUGGAUCGAAACUAAUGUACCCGAGGAGUCUGAGGCAGCCUUACAGAUACUUGGGUGUGUGCGCUGGAAGCUUUUUGCCGAAAAGGACAAAGCCUACCUGGAGGGCCUCAUGGUCAGGCCUGUCAUUGAAAAAUACCUUGCGUAUUUCAUAAACAAGUCUGCAGAAGAAAGCCUAGGAGUGCCCGCCAAGGCGGACGUUCCAAAACACAGGAUAGGUGUGAGCGCAAAAGAGAUGAUCCUCUUCUUCGGCCUGCCAAACGACAAUAUCAUGUGCUUUGACCCCUUCUCAGAGGAGCUGUACUUCAUGGCGCCGCCUCUCGUCGACCUCAGCAGUCAGGAUUACAAGCGGCCCACCAUGGAGUCCUUAACUGCCUGCGCCACACCUGAAAACAACCUGUAUCUCGCAUCCCACCUCUCCAAGCACUUCUGGCUGUAUAACCCCGUGUUAAACAGCUGGCAGGAGUUGGCCGAGAGGCCUCUGGGUCGGAUGCACUCCGGGAUGGGCUACCUGAACGGCCACGUGUACAUCCUAGGCGGGAGAAACCCCGUGACGGACGCCAGACUGAAAGAGGUGGAGUGUUACAGCGUCCAGAGGAACCAGUGGACGUUUGUGGCCCCUCUGCCUCACUCUCUCGGCAAGAUGCAGGUGGUGGCUUUGCACGACCACCUUUACGUGGUGAACAAACGGAGGAUGCUCUGCUAUGACCCAAAGAGGAACCGCUGGCGCCACUGCGGUUCGCUGAGAAGAGACAAGCUUCACAAGGCAUGUGCUUUCCAGGACCAAAUCAUCUGUGUGUGUGACACCCCGGUGGUGAAGGCCUACAGCCCAGCUCGAGGAGAAUGGAAGCGGAUGGGGGACAUUCCCAUUGACAGCCGGGCCCUCAACUACCAGGUGAUUCAGCACAGCGGCAAGCUGCUCCUCCUCACACAGACAUUACUGCAGCACAACAAGAACCGGGUCCUCAUCCAUGAGUAUGACUUGGCCAGGGACAGCUGGAAGAACGUCAUGGCUGUCUAUGUGUCGUCCCUGGGGCCCGUCUGCGUCUCCACACGCGUGUACCCGGCGUGCUUGAGCUCUGUCCACAGCUUCUCCACGGAGGAGGAGGACGACAGCGGGUCCAGUGCUGACUGGGAUUUUGAUGGUUUGACGGAUGCGGACUCAGAUUCGGGAAGCUCCAGCUCCUUCUCAGAUGAGAACUGGUAG